AUGAGAUCUAUGAGAUGUGAUAAAACACCAAGGGAUGAAGCAGUCGAAAUGGUCAAUGAUCCCCCAAAGUUCAUGAUCACGGAUAAAACCCCACCACUACUCAUGGCUUGGUGGAACGAUAUGCAUGAGUUUAGGCGAACUGAGAUAUUCAAACAUCUUGGUUUCCUCACAUAUAUCAUGAGAUUUAGUCCUGACAGAGAUUUGAUCGAGGCUUUGAUCCCUUUUUGGGAUUCGGAAAGCAAUGUGUUUCGUUUUAGCGAUUUUGAGUUGACGCCUACAUUGGAGGAGUUGGGUGGUUUCACAGGGUUAGGCAAGGAUCUUCGAAGCAAAACACUCAUAGCCCCAAGAAACGUCAGCGGGAGCAAAUUUUUAGAACAAAUGCACAUCAUCUAUCCUUAUAAGGAGUGUUUCGAUAAUGGGUUGGUUUCCUUGGAAUUUCUAUACUCAAGAUAUGGAAAGAAAGAAUGA